AUGAACUGGCUCCGGAGUGCUGCUGUGUUCCUUUUGGUGAUCGUUGUCUUAGAGGCUUGCCACAGCCACGUCGUCGUUGGACGCAGUAAAAAACUUGUGCCCUGUAAAAGCAAGAAGAGAGAAGGAAAGAAAUGCUACUACUACUCUAAAGGAGAAUACACACACAAUCAUGAGCACACUCAUGGAUCUCAUGGUUCUCACGAACAUGGGCAUCCUGGUGGAUCUUCCCAAUCUUCUGAUAUUGUCAGCACUGAAGAAGAUAUUUCUCUAGAGUGCCCUAAGUCCGGAUGUGGAUCAGGAUCAGGAUCAGGAGGUUCAGGUGGAUCUGGAGGAUCUGAUGGAGGUUCGAUUGACGUAGACGAGGAAGGAUAUGUCAUAUGCGAGGAAGACGAAGUCAUUGAAGAUAUUAUUGGAACCUGUAGCGCUGGAUGCGGAGCAUACGAACUUCAAGCAACUUUAUGCCCCGUCGGAUCAGACUGCGAUGGAGAAGAUGGACUCCUCUCUAAAGUAGUAACCGAAGAGGUUGAUGGAUGCUUAACUCUCGCUUGCGAAGAUUCAGACUAUAGCCUUGGAGUUCUUGGAAUCAACGGAGAAAUUUCCUUGGAUGCUGUAAGCCUCACUUGUCACAAGGAAAUCUGGUACAGAAAAGUUGAUACUAUCACGGCUAUUCAAUUUGGAGAAGAAGUUAAGCUCGUCUGCUACAAGCUAUAA